AUGCCUUCCGCUUCUUGGCCCUCUCCUUCCCCUUCCUCCUGUGCCAUUCAGCUCCUCAAGAUCUGUCUGAGUUCGGACAAGGCGCCUCUCUCCUCCUCGUUCGCUGCCCUGAACUGGAACUUCAAGGUCUUCAGCUCCUGUCUCAGGACGGGCACAUUUGGCCGGGUGGUCCUCGUCAGAGACAGGAGAACAAAGAGUUACUAUGCACUGAAGUCCAUGAAGAUCGCAGACGUGAUACGGUUAAAACAAGAACAACAUGCCCAUAAUGAAAAGGAAGUUCUCCUGGAGUUGAACCAUCCCUUCAUCGUCCGGCUUUAUUGGACGCAUCACGAUGACCGCUGCCUUUACAUGCUGUUGGAGUACAUGCCUGGGGGAGAGCUGUUCAGUUUUCUACGUAGCAAGGGCAAGUUCAACAACAACACGGGGCUCUUCUACUCAGCGGAAAUAGUGUGCGCCAUAGAGUAUAUGCAUACCAAGGACAUUGUAUACAGAGACUUGAAACCAGAGAAUAUACUGAUGGACUGUGAGGGACACAUCAAGCUCACCGACUUCGGCUUUGCCAAAAAGCUUUGUGUGGACAGAACCUGGACCCUGUGUGGUACACCAGAGUACCUGGCUCCCGAGGUGAUCCAGGGGAAAGGACACGGCACGGCAGUGGACUGGUGGGCUCUAGGAGUGCUCAUCUUCGAGAUGCUCUCUGGACACCCUCCCUUUUUUGAUGACAACCCUUUUGGCAUUUAUCAAAAGGUUCUUUCUGGCAAGCUGGAAUGUCCCCGCCAUCUGGAUUUCUAUGUCAAAGACCUCAUCAAGAAGCUGCUCAUGGUUGACAAAACCAAACGACUGGGAAACCUGAGGAAUGGAGCUGAAGAUGUGAAAAAACAUAGAUGGUUCAAACCUGUUGACUGGGAUGUUGUGCCACAAAGAAGACUGAAGCCGCCCAUUGUUCCCAAAGUCACCCAUGAAGGAGACACGUCCAACUUUGACGCCUACCCUGACGAGAAACGAAGGAAGGACCCUCCUGUAUCUCCAAAGGACCUAGAGACAUUCAAAAACUUUUGAAAUGCCCUUCCAUUACUGCAAUGUAGUGCUGCUUCAUGGUACCCAAGCUGAAGAAAAAAAGAUGGAGUGGUUUGUGCUGUUCAGAAGUCCGCAGAAAAAUCCAUGCAGUUAGUUUGAGAGGCUACGGAAACAAACGUGGUUUGCUGAUGCAGAUUGUGGUCUGUUUUUCUUUUCAGAGUAGGUGAGGGCAGAGGCGCAUCUUGUCACCAGGCUAGUCAGGAAGCCGCGUGGGGCCCCCAAGCCACUAUUGUGAGUGAACAACAACUCACACUUUAAACAAGUGGUGAUUUUGGUUCAAAUGUUCAUUCAUGGCUUCAGUUUUUUGCUUGGGGCCCCAGGUGACCCUUGAAUCGCCUCUGGGUAAGGCCAAGAGCUUCUCUUUUUUGUCUUCCUUAGAGUAAUAGUGAGGCAACGGCCUCCCCUUUGUCUACACAUAGUGUUUGGCUACUGACAAAGAAGUGAUACUUACCCUUCACAAAUGACACUGGAUGUCAAAUGCCUAAAGAUGGUAUCUAGUGUACAGGUUGUAGAUUGUUUAUCAAAUUGAUUAAACCUAAACAAUGA